AUGUUUUUGAUAGAACGUCAUCCACAGAAACCGACUGUGCUGAUCUGCGGAUUUUCUGAAUGGGUAUCGAAGAUGAUCGCUGACGGUUUCUUUGUAGCUGCUUCGCGGUUCUUCAGAACUGAAGGAAACGUCUCACAGGAUUUUCAAUUGGUCCUCGAUUUGUACAACGGCUCCUGGCAAGGUAUUGCUGAUUCGUUACGUGCACUGCUACUCUCCAGACAGCAAGUCGAUCCGUCGAUCGACGAAUAUUUCGUCUCUCUUGAUGAAAGUGUUCGUUCCGAAAUGGACUGCGUUGAAGACAUUCAGGAAUUGCAUGAACAACAGAUGUGGAGUUUCGAGAACUGUUGUAAGGAUGCUGUGAUUUUCAUUGAAGAAGGUUCUGACAUGGCGCUAUGGGCAGGAUUGCGUGAAAUGGUCUACAAGGCGCUGCAUAAAUCUCGAACCGAAGCAAAAGCGAGCAAAAGUAAGUACUGA